UGCCAGUGCCAGUCUACAAGGAGUGCCCGUGUGUCGUGUGUGUUGUGCUAUGUGUGUUGGAUAGAACCUAACAGCAUGUGGAGGGUGGUGGCGUGGUGUCUCCUGGUGUUAGCUGCCCCCGCAGUUGGUCAACUCAACAGGCCCCCACAGUUCCUGCCUGGCGGAGACAUGGCUAGGUUUGCUCUACCAGAAGACACACCAGUCGGAGCACCUGUUUACAGGCUACAGGGUAUGGACCCCGAGGGUGCCGGGGUACACUACAGCAUCAGUGGUGAACAUCUCACAGUGGACCGUCAGUCUGGGGUAGUCACUCUACUGAGACCCCUAGAUAGAGAGACUGUGGAUUUACUAGAGGUCAUCAUCAGCAUCACAGAUGAGUCAGUCGGAGGUGUUGAGCCGAACACUGUCUCCUUGCGGAGAGUGAUUCCAGUGUUGGAUGUGAACGACAAUUCUCCUCAGUUUAUCGGCCGGCCGUACGCCUUCGCUGUACCUGAGUCUACCAAGGUCGGAAUGGUGCUAUACUCCAACAUAACUGUGGUGGAUAAAGACAUCGGUGUAAACUCUGAACUGACCAUCUCCUGUGUCCAAUCUGAUGCUUGUAGUGCCUUCAGCGUCCACACUGAUAAGAUUGCAGAAGGAGAAUACAUGGGGACUGUGACUCUGUCUCGUAAGCUGGACUAUGAGAUGUGGUCGAGCUACCGUCUUGUGCUACAAGCCUCUGACUCCAGCUCUCGUCCACUCACUGCCACGGCCAACGUUGUCAUAGAUGUCAUCGACGUCCAGGACCAAGCACCGGUGUUUGUGGGUGCUCCGUACUCCGCUACUGUCCAGGAAAAUACUCCCCCUGGCCACAGUGUAGUGAAGGUGCAAGCCCAAGACGGAGACUCAGGAGAACCGAGGCCGGUGACAUUGAGCAUCGAGGGAGACGACCUCGGUUACUUCCAGCUGGACAUGGGCAGCCGAGGUCAGGCUACCGUGGUCACCAGUGACACCCCCAUAGACAGGGAACAUCCCCUGGUGCUGCAGAGUGGGGGUGUCUACACAUUCAAUAUCAAGGCUACAGAACUGAUCAACAAUGAGUUGCCCGGAGACUUCAGCUAUGAGAGUGUCACAGUCGUCAUCACUGACGUAGACGAUCAGGACCCACAGUUCAACCAACUCAUCUUCAACAUCAAUGUCUCCGAGGACGUCGGUAUUGGAACUCCACUGCCCGGGCUGAACAUGGUAGUGACCGAUGGAGACGUUGGUGACAACGCAGACUACUCGCUCUCUCUGCGUUCAACAGACAGUCGAGUGACACGGUGGCUGCGGGUAGAGCCAGAGACUUCGAGAGGUCGUACACCCGUAGUGGUACGAGUGCAAGACAACAAUGGACUUGACUUUGACAGAGGCGUUACGGAAGCUUCCUUCACGGUUGUGGCUCACAAGAAGACUCCUGAGGGUGACACAGUGGAAGCUUCUAGUGCUGAUGUGAUCGUAAACAUCCUAGACGCCAAUGACAACUCUCCUGUGUUCAGCAACCACGAGUACUCGUAUACCAUUCAGGAGGACUUGGCUCCAGGGUCCCUAAUCGCAAAGAUAUCAGCCACUGACAAGGAUAGUGAAGAGUUUGGCCGGAUACAGUACACUCUCAGAGGUUUUGGCACAGAUAAGUUUGGCACUGAUCUCAACACGGGAAAUCUUUAUCUAAUCAAUAAGGUUGACUAUGAGAAACAGAAGUCGUAUUCCUUAACUCUGGAAGCUAAGGAUGGAGGAGGUCGCGUUACCACAGUCAACAUACUCGUACAUCUCGCUGAUGUUAACGACAAUCCUCCAGUGUACGAGCUAUCAGAGUACCGCAGAACUGUGCGAGAAGGAGCCACCACCUUCCAGCCUCAGUUUUUUGUCAGGGCGAUAGAUGCAGACAAGGAGGGUAAGAGUGUUAUGACGUAUCGCAUCGUCUCUACCAACUCUGAUGUGCUGACUGUCGACCCCCAGACAGGGGAGGUGAGGAUGGUUUCGCCCGUCAGUUCUCGUCACACUUCACGAGGACAGUACGAACUGACCAUCAGAGCUGCUGAUGAUGGAGUACCACCACUUCAUGGAGAUGUCCCGGUGUUUGUAAGGGUAGGGGUCCCAGGAAACCAGCGACCUGUGUUCCGAGGAGUCCCAUACAAUGUCACUGUUCUGGAGAACUCUCCCCCGGACUCGCCCGUAGCUACUGUCAGAGCUACGGACCCGGAUGGACCAGACAGUUUGGUGGAGUAUAGAAUAGCCACUGGAGCUGACAACUUUUAUAUCAACUCUAGUACUGGGGUGAUAUCGGUGUCCAAGGCUGCUAUACUUGACCCGGACAUCACAGACUCUCGACGUUAUGAGGUUGUCGUGUUGGCAGUUGACAGUGGAACUCCGAUACGCGAGACUGCUCAGGCCACAGUGACUAUCAACAUCGCAGACGUCAACAACAAACCACCGAGGUUCCCGCCAGAGGACAACUACGUCCGUCAUAUCUCCGAGCGGACUACAGUAGGGGAGAAAGUGUUAACUGUUCAAGCUACGGAUCCAGAUUUGAAUGCUCUUCUGGAAUACUCCAUCAACAGUGUGAGGGGAGCCGACAAGACAGGACUUGCCUUGAGGGAUUCCACCCCUUACGACUACAAACACGCCUUCAGGAUAAACUCGACAACAGGAGACAUUGUUGUCAAUGCACCAUUGGACCACCAAGCUGCAGCAAUGGUCAUUCUAAGUGUCCAAGCACGAGAUAAAAAUGCAGUGGAAAAUGUUGAACAACAAUUCUCUGAAGUUGAGGUGACCCUGUACAUUCAAGCGUACAAUGAGCUAAAUCCAAGGUUCACUGUUGGUGGUUGGUCACCAGUCGACCCAACCAUCAGGGUGUCAGUAGCCGAGGAGCAGCCGGUUGGUACCACUGUGCUACAGUUGGCAGCCGUGGACAGUCCCACGGACCAGCCCAUCACACACUUCAGCGCUGCCAACACGCUACCUACGGGCUUCUCUCUACAGUCGUCUGGCGUACUCCAGCUCACCAGCACUUUUGACUUUGAGACUCUCGACAAUAAGACCCUCAGUUUCCGAGUGUUGGCUCAAUCAGACGACAGACUUCGUAAGAGUGAAGCGCUUGUAUUGAUCACUAUCAAAGACGUCAAUGACCAUGCUCCUCAGUUUUCUCAACAGUUAUACCAAGGCUCAGUUGUGGAGUCUGCCUCCAACGGUACAUCAGUGUUGACUGUUGCCGCUACGGACGACGACUUGGCCAAGACACCUGAGGGCUUCGGAGACAUCAGAUAUUCUCUUUCAGGAGAAAGUGCUUCAUUUUUCAACAUAGAUCCAAUCACUGGCGAGAUCAAGGUGGAGGAAGGAGCACAGAUAGACCGGGAAAGACAGCCAUUGCUGAGGCUGGUAGUAACAGCAGCUGAUGUUCCCCAAGGAGGACCAUCCCAGAGGAAAACAUCCGUCCCGGUUGAGAUAGAAAUUGUAGAUAUCAACGACAAUGCUCCGGUGUUCUACCAGAGCCACUACUCAGCUGUUGUGCUGGAGAAUGUUGACGUAGGGACGAGUGUCGUUAAUUUGACAGCAACUGACAAAGACACUGGCCCCGGCGGCGACAUAUCUUACGAAUUGGUGGACCACGGCGAGGCUUCCGGCCUGUUCCACUUGGACCCCAAGACAGGAGCUGUUAGGACGGCCAAGCCUCUGACCGGGAAGGGUCGCUCAGAGCCGUACAGUCUCACAGUCCGAGCCUUGGACAACGGCAGUCCUAGUCUGUUCUCUGACGUCUCUAUCAAACUGUUCAUCGGAGAUGUUGUCAACAACGACGGCAUUCCAUCAUUUAUCCAUCCAACUCUUGAUGAGAUGGCUUACAUAUCUGAGAACUCGUCCAUCGGUUCACCUGUGUUCCGAGUGGUGGCGUCUGAUCCGGACGAUCCCAACUCAGCCGAGGGUCAGUUGAGGUACAGCUUCCUACAAGACGGAGCUGACUCACUUGCUUUUAAAAUUGAUGGUGAGACGGGUUUGAUCACGCUUCGUCAGUUGCUGGACCGGGAGACCAAGGAUCGCUUCUCGCUUGUGUUGCUGGCCAAAGACAUGGGAGCAGUUCCCCAACAAGCCACCAGGGUGCUGCACGUCAUUGUCACUGAUGUUGACGACCACAAGCCGCACUUCAAACGCUCUCUGGAUGAAGCUCCACUACAAUUUAUUGUUGAAGAAGAAAGAGAAAUAGGAACUGAAAUUGGAGUUAUACAGGCUGUAGACCAAGAUAUUGGGGAGAAUGCAAAGAUUGGUUAUUUGAUAACAUAUGGAAAUGAAGAUAACCUAUUUAGUCUGAACCAGACAGACGACAACCGGGCAGUGUUGGUUGCCAACAACCGGUUGGACCGUGAGACAACCGGACAUUAUAUCAUUACUGUCAAGUGUUUCAAACUGUCAACUCAACCUAUCAGUCUUCGAAAGUCUUAUAACAGACAAGAUCCCAGUGAAAGACAAAUCAAAAUUCAAAUAGUAGACAUAGACGAUAAUCUACCUCAGUUUGCUGAUAGUAAUGUUACAAUAGGAGUGAGAGUGAAUGUUCCAAUCGACACUCUUCUUCUCACACUGUCGGCAACUGACCUUGAUGCAGACGCAGAGCCGAUCACUUAUCAGCUGGAGAGCCUCAGGUUUAGUCGAGACGCUGUGGAACUCUCCGAAAACAAAACCUUCUUCUCCUUGGACAAUGUGACCGGAGAGCUGAGGACUGCAACGUCAAUGACACCUUUCUCUGACGGACACUUUACUCUUACCAUAUCAGCGUCCAACAGUCCCAACAAGACCUACGCGACUGUAAAGAUAUUUGUGGUGAGGGAGAGGGGUUUGCUCAAGUUUGUAUUCAGUCGCCCUCCAGCUGAUGUGAGACAGUCCUUGCCAGAGUUCAGACGUGAGAUUGAGAAGGCACUGGCUGUACCAGCUUCGCUCAACGUCUACGAUGCACAGUUCCACGCAAAACUAGAUGGCAGUUUGGACUUCAGUAGCACAAGCUCAUGCUUCCAGCUAGUUGGAGACAAAGUUCUAGAUCUGAAAGAGAUGGAAAACCUGCUGCAGCCCGGCCGUAGUGUGGAGAUCGACAAAGUUUACUCCACUUUUAAUGUCCAAGAUGUGCAACGCUGCGCCCUGCAUCUUGGCAAGGCGGAGGUGACAUGGGCUCAGUUGUGUGUUCUGGUCAUCGCUGGCUUCAUCGGAGUAGCGUCCCUCAUAUCUGGCUGUGUACUGUGCUUCUCAUACAACAGAUGGCAGAGAUUCCGGUGACAUUCCCUACACAGGACUACUAACCCUUGCCAUAAUAGUUCCCAACGAAAAGACUGGUGUCAUCAACAAACAUGUUAAGUUUGUAAAAAUAAUCAAAUGUUUAUAUUUAGCGCAACUUAUUAUUUAUUAUGUAUAGUACAUUACUACCCAAUAAGAAUUUGUCUGUACAGGAUA